UUUGUGGAAUUUUGACACAAACUCUACUCCUCUUUGUAGAUUUACACGUAUUUUUCAAUGAAUUUCUUCUUGACAGCGAAUUUGCAGGCUGCGAGUAUUUCAACUCCUUAGCUCUAGGACUCCAGCAGAUGUCAGGGUCGUGUUUUUAUUAGUAGAAAUGGUUGAACCGUUGCGCUAGCUGAGCUAUCACGAUGCAUUUAUGGCUGGCGGUGGUCGUGUUGCCAAGCUGGAAACACGGUCUAUGAUCACUCAGCCUGAUGAAGUGUACUCACAAGCUAUGGAUGAAAAUGCAGUAUUGGGAGGGUUAAAAGAUAAAGGGAAUCCCGCUCGAAGGGCAGCAGUUAUCGAAGAGUUAAGAGCAAGUGUUCGGCGUAAUGGAGGACAUCUACUAUUUGAAGAUCGUCAUAGUUUAUUUCAUGUUUUUCAGAGUUCUUUGUGCGAUAAUGACCCAAAUGUUCGUCUACGAUGCAUCGAGUUUAUCUCAGAGAUUGUGCCCGAGUUUGGCACCGACCUCGACAACUGUAUGUCGCUUAUUCUGCCGCAGUUGGUAUCAAACCUUGGCAACCACACUGUCAGUGUGAAGAAAUCAGCGAUUCAAACUUUACAUGUCUACAUGAGAAACUCGAGCAAUGUUGGAGCUGUUUUCAACGCAAUUAUUGAACACGGCUUAGAGAGCGAAGAUAAAAGAACACGAACUGAAAGUCUUGUAGCUUUGCCGAUUCUAAUUACACCGAAUCUAGCGCWUGAAGAUCUUUUUGUUCUGACCAAAGCGCUGGUUGGAAUACUGGAGAGCGCUUCGCGACCCGAACCAACUGUACUUUCUCUUGACAGAAUUCGCAAUGUUGUCGGCGAAGAAAAAUUUGAUGACUAUCUUCGUCGAUUGCCAGUCACUCAGCAAAAGCUAUGUGCUCAAGCAAUUCAAAAUUGGGGACAUUUUUAUCGAGAAGAUAUGGAAAAGAUUAAUUUGCGAAAGGCAAAAAGCGCCAGCCAUAUCAGCACCAAUGGUGUAGUUGUGGAGGACGAGGAGACAUAUACGAACGGAGAGAAACAUAAUUUAGACCGUGGUCAUACAAUAGCAGUGACAAAAGGAUAUGUAGCGAAAGAAAGUUUUCAUCCAAGAAACGAGGAAGUUGAGUUUGGCUUUGUACCGCAAUCGAUUAUUGUAAAAUUGAAAGAUCAGAGUAACUGGAGAGUUCGUGCUCAGGGGAUUGAGGAACUAAAAAAUGCUAUGGGUUACCUUGGAGACCCAUCGCCCGUUCUCCCGCAUCUAGCAUCUUUGUUUGGAUUACUACUUGAUUUUUUAGACGAUAUCAAUUUUAAAAUCACAGUAACUAGCCUUCAAAUAAUCGGACUUUUGAUUGCUAAACUUGGCCCAAAUGUUGAACCAUUUCUCAAGCCUCUUGUCAACACCCUGACUAACAAGCUUGGGGACAAUAAAAUAGUUAUACGACAAGAAAAUAUGAGAGUUCUCAUGCACCUUAUGCAGAUCUUGUCCCCCAAACCUGUACUAAGUGUACUGACUGCAAGCCUUCAACACCCAAAAUCAAAAGUCAGGGAAGAAACUCUGAAUGUUGUUAUAGGAGCAUUGCUAACAUUUCCUCGUUCGGAUUUUGAUCUCCCUGAACUUACAAAUGCUAUUGCCCCUGCACUUGCGGAUAGUAAACGUAAAGUGAGACAAGCUGCACUWGAAGCAUUUGCCGUUAUUGCUCAAGCAAUGGGACCUGGACAUCUAAGGCCRAUUGUUUCAGCCGUCGACAAAAUAGARCUUACAAAAGGUGGCGAUGGCGUAAUGGCUGCUGUACAAGCAAGGCUUGCACGUCGGCAACUUCCAAGAUUAAAUAGUGAUGGUUUAGUUGAAUAUGCAAUUCCUGUACCCACUUCUGGUACUGUGCGGGGRCAGAGCAGUGGUCCACGGGGAGCUGAUAUUGARUGGGUAAUGGCUGGAACAGGCGGAAAUAGUUCUGCCGAUGUGACAAAUUCUGCACGCUCCACACCUGGUUUGAAUGAUUCUAUGAAUAACUCUGGUCCUAGUCCAAGGAGAUAUUAYAGUGCUGGAAAAAAUAGACUACCAUGGGAAGAACACAAAGACACAUCACUACAGGGUGACUCUACAGAACAAAAACCUCAACUUGUAAAGAAUUCCUGGGUUCCUGGAGACCUUGUGAACGACCGUUCRCCAAAGAGAGGUGGUCCACAACGACCAGCAAACAUCAACACCCCUAAUAGUGCACCAACAAGCACCUCUAAGCUUACCACUUCAUCGUACACUGAAAAGUUCCURCGUAAUCGCAAUGCACAUCAGUCACCAGCAGAUAGUCACAUGCCCAAACCUCCAGACUCAAGCUCUUCYUCUUCAUCGUCGUCUUCGUAUGCUGAGAUUCACCGCAGCAAAGUAAAGAAGGAGAAAACAAAACCCAAUUUAAACGCAACUGCUCCYGCAUCUAGUGGAUCUGGCUCAAGUUCUGUGGGAGCAGGGGGRAGUUAUGCCUUGCKGUAYAAGCGAGGAACUAUCCACGCCAAGCCCAARGCUAGCAGCAGUGCAGAACCCGCCAUCGGAGAAGUGCAACCYAAGGAGACAUUAACAAGAAAUGCACACUCWACCACACCCACGGCUUUGCCCUCCCAUGCAGGGUUUGUACCUGCAGACGAUGACUUGUUUUUCUCACAAAGGAAGAGCUAUCCAAAUGCGCUGUCGUAUUCCUGGCCUGACUGGACAGAYGCUUCAUCUGGUAGACCAUUUGGACGGCUAUCACCAGUGUCACACGGUCAUGUUCCAAAUACAGAUUUCGACUCGGGAUUUGACGUUGAUCCUGAUGGAAAGAGAAGUGAACCUCACACUCCAGUUCACAUAAAACCUCAGCUUGCUCGUUCUGCGUCGAAAAUCCGCGGACUUAAAAAUCCUGAUUUAGUUGAUGGCAUUACAGGAAUAGAUCCGUUUGAAAGGUCCACACCUCUCGCUCCAGUUAUCAAUUCACCUGGAAAUGCACUGGACACAUCUCAGCCACAUAAGGACUCUCUUAAACAAGUCCACGAUCAAGUGAACCGAAGAGCCCAAAGGGUACCCCCUGUCGGGAGUGAAACCAACGAAAUCAACUCCUAUUCAUCUCUGAAUUCCUCCAAUGGUUUAACGAAAGCUAACGGAGCCGACUCGUCCAAUGAAAUAUUAYCAAACAAGGACUCUCCGUUCAGCAGUAAACCCCGUAUGGCGAGGACUCCUGUUCAAUCUAAACGCACCCACGCAACGCAGCCAACGCCUGGGCACAUCAAACAGAAUUCUACGGAUAACCUGGACAUCAAAGGAGUCAAGAUCAAGUCCAAAGACAUUGGCGAUAAACACCCCGCUUUGAAUUCUGGGAAAUCAGGGGACAAUCUCUCGAAUGUGACGUCUGKCGUUGGGAGUAGCAUAUCAGGCAGCGAAGGGACCACUGACAUGCGCAACGUGUCCGUAGUUGGGCAAGGUAUUGUGGGCCUCGAGAAGGAAAGAACAGAUUCUAUCGAUGAUAAAGUUGGGACAGCAGAUAGGAAGAAACUUGUGUAUGAACCAGAGGAAUAUGACGACGACGAUGAUGAUGACGAUGACGAUGAUGAUGAGGACGAUGAUGAUGAUGAUGAUGAUGAAGAAGAUGACCAAGAGAACAGCGAUGAUGAAGAUGAGAAAGACGAUGACAUURUGCCGGACGAUUUGGAAAACAGCGACGAUAGCAGCGAUAGUGAUUCAGAUCUUGAGCUAGAAACUGGAGCUGAGGAAGGUAGGAAACGAGACAUGACUCCAAGRACCAUGAGGAAAAGUCUCUCGAAGUCUACACGAGAACGAAUGGAACGGAAAAGACAGAUGGAAGAAGAAAGACAACUCAAAGAGCAACAGCGAGUSGAGAGUCUUGARCGAGAAAAAGCCAGACAACUCAAGAUCAAGAAAGAAGAGGAAGAGCAUCUUAGRAAGAAAAUUAUGAAAGAGCAGCAGGARUUGGAGAGGAUGUUGCAAAAGAAAGAAAAAGAACGAGAGCUYGAGAAGCAAAAACAGAAACUUCUGCAAGAACAGCUCUUGCAACAAGAAAGAGCACUUACCGAGAGACUCUUGAAGCAACAGGAGGAACUUGAAGAAAUCGAAAGGGAAAAACAACGAGAGCGGGAAAGAGAAAAGGAAAGAAUGAAAGAGAAAAUGAAGCAAAAACAGCUAAGACUCCAGAAGGAGAGGGAAGAAGAAGAGGAUAAAAGAAAAGAAGAUGAAAGRAAGAAAGAAGAACUUUCUGGAAGGGCAAAGCUCAAUCAAAAGAAAGAGAUGGAGCUGAAGAAGAAAYUAGAGCUUGAAGAAUCCGAUAAGAGAAGACGGCAGCAACAAGCAUCAAAAGAUAUGAAAGAAACAUUAGAAGAUAAAGUCAAAGAUUUGAGUAUCACUGGUUCGAGUACACCCUUAAAGCARCCUUCGGGGAAAUCCUCAAGAAAGAAGAAUCAAAUGUCUUCUCCUCAUUCUGACCGAGACGAGUCUUACGCCACAACAGAAGAUCCUCAGGAUUCUCGCCGGCAUUUCUCUGCAUCGUCUGGUUCGUCGUCAGCUGCMAUAUGGGAAGUUUCUCUGGACGAUUUACAACCGUUUCCUAAUCCUGACUCUGCUAUUAAGAAUGCGUUUAAAUACUUGGCAAACACUGAAGACUGGGAAAGCAAAUGUGAAGGUCUACAGCUAAUCCGACGACUGUCUAAGAACCAUCCUGAUUCAUUUGGUCUGCAGUUGCACCCCGUCAUUCUUGCUGUCGUUGCUGAGGUAAAGAAUCUUCGUUCGCAAGUCAGUCGAGCUGCAAUCUGUUGCCUAGGYGAUAUGUUCACGUGUUUAGGUCGACAAAUGGACAUGGACCUGGAGGUAACAUGUAAGAUUCUACUGCUMAAGAGUGGCGAGACAAGCGGUUUUAUACGAGAUGAUGUUGAUAAAGCGAUGUCAGCCAUGGUUUGUAACGUAACUCCAACGCGCGCUCUUGUGGCAAUCACUUCCCAUGGAUGUGGAAAUCGUAGCGUAACUAUCCGUAAGACUGCGGCGCAAGUCCUCAGUGUGCUAGCGGAGAGAAUAGGAACCAAUCGAUUAAUGAGCGGAGCUAAAGAUGUUACGGACAAGAUACUACCAGCCGCUGCCCAGUUUGCUACCGAUGGUGGCUCAGAAACAAGAUAUUAUGGGCGAAAGAUUCUGUACACGAUACACGAGCAUCCUGAUUUCGACAAAUUGCUUAUGAAACACGUUGCAGCGAAUCAACAUCGUCAAAUACAAGAUAUCGUAGCGAMCAUGAAAACUAAGGGACUUGGUGAUCCCCCUAGCGACCAUACAUCAGCUCGUCAACGAAAACACCCUGGAAGCUCGCACAGUGGCAAAGGAUCAGUGAGAAGUAGUUACGAUCCUGGAAGUAGCGUGGUUAACUCACCAGUAGCCUCAAGGGAAUCAUCCCGCAGUGGCAAAUCACGUGACGUAGUUGAUGGCGAAGAACACAUUCCCGAGGUUCUAAGCUUGUUAUCUAGUAAUGACUGGAAAGAACGACUACAAGGGCUGGACCUAUUUGUAGAACUAGCAGAACGAAAUCCUCAGGGAUUGGGAGCCAAAUUUACCAAGGUUUUCGAYAAUUUUAUUCCAAGACUUACAGAUUCCAAUAGCAAGGUCAAUCUUUAUGCACUCCAAUGUCUACCGAAGAUCUUUCCAUCUAUGUCUGGCCAAUCAGGAGCGUUGGUUCCUCCAAUUGUCAAUGCAUUGACUUCUAAUUUAGCAUCUAAAAAUACGAGUAUAUUCAGCACUACUGACGAAGCUCUAACGGCAAUGACUACAUUUAUAGAUAACGUAUCCCUAGUGCAACCAUUUUGUACCACAUCGCAAUUUGGCAAUAGCAGAGURAAACCCAUCAUAAUAGAGAAAUUAUGUUUGAUAAUCGACAAGGUCCACGCCCGAAAACCMCAGGUCAUCAACCGGUAUGUAGUCCCUCUGAUUUGGCAACUUCUUGGCUCGACCAGUACUGGAAGCGCRGGAUCUGGUACCGGRGACAUCAAGAAUGCUACCGUUAGGCUUACUAAUGUUGUUUACUCUUGUAUGGGAAARGCCCUUGUAGAYCAAUCGUCUACUCAAGUGCCUAGAAUACAAGAGCGCUUGAAGGAUAUUAUAAGUGCUUGAUAAAGAAAUGGCUAGAUGUUUGAUCGYCAUUUUAAGUUAAUUUGCGUUGUAAUUGUACAUAAUACUUUUAUAAUUUUCGUAGAUUCAGGAAAUUGUGAAGGGAAAGAUAGUUUUCACUAAGUAUCACUACUGCGUGAAUACUUAAAAGUGCAUCGGCAAAAAUUUCCUUCUUUAAUUAAACCUUUUUCAGUGCUUCUAUCCCAGAAAUUUAACGCGGAAACUAAACACAUUUCCUGAGGUACACAGAUGGGCAAAAACAGCACAUUUAAAGGGGUACAAACUGUUUCGACUAAGUCUGUUGUUUUGAUUGGUCGCUACUCGGCCAAUCAAAGCGCGCGUACGAUUAUUUCAUAAAAUCAACGCUCACUAGUUUCAAUUUAUUUUAGAGAUUUAUAACGGGCACUUGCCAGGACGAAUACAUAAUAAGUGUUCAAUUACUAGCAAGAUUGGUUAUGUAAAGAGAGACAMAGAGCACUAUAUGUAAGAUAGAAGGCUCCUCUUAGCCUCCUCCGUAAAGAGAGUAACAGCGGAGGAGUCUACAUCAGGUUCCUAUGCACGCUUGUGCGCUAGACGUUAAACUCGAACGUAGAGAACGCAAAAUAUUUGGCAUUCUCAUAAUUUAUUUUGCGUAUACGUAUAAAUCACUCAAAAUUAGGCGUUUGGGAGUAAAAUGGUGGGCUUUCGAUUCGCUAGAGAUGAAUUAUAACUGUAAAAAUGCAUGUGGCGCACCAAGUUCAAGGGCUUUUUUUAAUUUAUGAAUAUUUUAUUAUUUUCCAUUGCUUGUGGUGUAUAAAUUARUACUCAAAGCCUUCAAUUCAAAGCAACGAAUCGUGUAAAUAAGUUGGCUUUGCGGUUAGUUCAAUGUGUGUAUUUAUAAGAACACUUAUAAAUAAAGAGUGCUACARUCUUGCUAUAUACUGAA